AUGUCUGAUAGAAAGAAAAUAGUUCUUGUCACUGGAGCCAGUAGUGGUAUUGGUCAUGCCACAGCCAUUGAGUUUGCCCAAAAGGGGUUCAAGGUUUAUGCUGGUGCGCGUAGAUUAGAACCUAUGGAAGACUUGAAACAAUAUGGAGUAAUCCCAAUUCAAUUGGAUGUUACUUCGAACGAAUCUGUUCUCAAGCUCAAAGAAAUCAUUAAACACGACAAUGGAGGAUAUUUGGAUGUUCUUUAUAAUAAUGCGGGUCAAAGUUGUACUGUUCCAGCCUUAGAUAUUCCAGAUGAUUGGGCUCAAAGAUGUUACGAAGUUAAUGUGUUUGCUCCAAUGAGACUUGUGAGAGAAUUGGGUCCUUAUGUUAUUAAUGCUCAAGGUUGUAUUGGAUUCACUGGUAGUGUUAGUGGAGUUGUCCCCUUCCCGCUAAGUUCUGUUUAUUCAAGUUCCAAAGCGGCAAUCCAUGCUUAUGCUGCUGGACUUCGUAUUGAAAUGAAACCAUUCAAUGUGAAGAUUCUCAAUUUCGUUACCGGCGGAGUUAAAACCCAUAUUGCGGAUACGCGUUCGAUCCCGAAGGGGUCCAUCUAUGAUAUACCCGAAAUGGAAUUGCCCUUAAAGAACCGUCAAGAAAUGGCAAAGAAGAAUAAUCCUAUUAGUGCUGAAGCGUACGCUAAACAAGUAGUCAAUGACUUUAUUAAUGCUAAAAGUGUUGACGGUUCAUUGAACUAUUAUAGAGGUGCUAAGAGUUACCUUUUAGGAUGGUUGUUAUUCUGGUGUCCUAGGUUUAUAGUGGAGAAGAUCUUAAUCUCUAAGUUCAAGUUGGUACCUGUUUAUGAUUUUUUCCAGCACAAGUAUUCAAAAGAAAAGAUGGAAUAA